AUGGAGCUUGCAGUCAGGAAUGGAAACCUGAGUAGCGCCUCUCCCGUCCGGCCCCAUCUCCCGACGUUCUCAGGCUCACCGGCUGCGCCCUGCACCGCUGAAGAGUCGGAUGCAACUUUGAUGGCAGCACGCCCAGCUGCUGUGCCGCACCCUUACUGUGUCGCUGGGGUGGAGACACUUGGAGGCGAUGAACCGCUGCACCAACGCCGAGCAAGAUCGUCAGGUUUACAGGGUCCAAAUUCUCUCCAACGGUCCAAAUCAGGCCCGGGUAUCAGGGCUCCCAUGGAACCCAAGACCUUCAAGAUGCUGUUUUCAAUUUUCCAACCAGUCCAGCCUCAAGUGCUCUGCCAGGUCCUCAUUGGUUCUCAGACUUACAGCGUAGCCUUCAUCAACAUGGGAUCUUUACCACAGGAGAUUAUUUACGACUUCAUCGUAUGCGGCGGCGGUACUUCCGGCUGCGUCGUCGCGAGCCGCCUUGCUGAGAAUUCUGGUGUGAAUGUUCUAGUCAUCGAGGCUGGUGAACACAAUGAGAAUCUUGAGAAUGUUCACAUGACAGGAGGUUGGUCACAACUGUUCGAUAAGGAUACCGAUUGGAACGUCAUCAGCGAGAAGAAAUCUUCAGUCAACAAUCGCCAGGUUAAACUAAGCCGUGGAAAGUUCCUUGGCGGCUGCUCUGGUUGCAACGGUACUCUAUGCAUUCGCGGUGCCAAGCAGGACUAUGAUGACUGGGGAGUCGAAGGCUGGACGGGUGACGAGGUUUUCAAAUACAUUCGAAAGGCAGAGAACUUUCACGGAAAACCUUGGUUCGAAGCCUCCAAAGAUCAUGGCACUAAUGGCCACCUCAACAUCGAACCACAUGACCUCGCUCCUAUUUCAAACCUCAUAAUGGACUCCAUGGUAUUCAAAGGACUGCCGCUAGACCACGACAUGUUCUCACACGGAGAAAAUCCUCAUGGAUGUGGACAUGCACCCAGAACAGUCCACAAGGGCUUGCGAACCACUGCGGCAGACUUCGUCACAAAGGAAAACAAGAAGGAUAACCUUCAUCUACUUGUUGAGACCCAUGUUGAAAAGGUUAUCAUCGAGGAGGUAGAUGGCGGGCUCAGGGCAACAGGUGUCAGGGUGGUCAAGGCCGAUGGCUCUAUCGUCGACAUCAAGGCCCGCAAGGAAGUCAUUGUAAGUGGCGGCGCGUACUGCAGCCCCAACAUCCUCAACCGAUCUGGUGUCGGGGCCAAGGCCGAGCUCGACAGUUUUGGUAUUCCGACGCUGGUUGACUUGCCCGGUGUCGGCAAGAAUCUCAUGGACCAUCUUAUUGUCUUCAUGUUCUACGAAACCGAAAAAGCUGGUCUGACCAACGACCACCACGUCUACCACGGCGACAACUUUGCAAAGACGUACGCCCUCUGGAAGGACCAACAAGCAGGCUUCUUGUCUACAUUCCCCUUUGGAGCAUUCGCCUACGCCCGUCUGGACGAGCGCCUCGCUGACUCAGAGCUUUGGAAUAACGCCCCAAGGCAACCCGGCCGCGACCCAAUGGGCCUUACGCCCAAGCAGCCAAACAUUGAAUUCUUCACCACUGAGUGCUACGGAGGUCCGAAGCAGUAUGACCAGUUCCCGACUGACGGCAAGUACGCCUUCAGCAUGAUUGCGGAGCUCUUCGGGCCUCGGUCCCGCGGUACAGUUACGCUUCGCGACACCGGUGCCAAGUCUGUCCCAGUCGUGGACACGAAUUACCUCUCUGAUCCAUUGGAUGCAGAGGUUCUGGCUGAGGCGUGCCGCUUCGGUAACGAAAUUAUCAUGGAAGGCGCAGGGACUAAGGAUAUUGUCAAGGGUUCUUGGCCCAGCGAUUUGGUACAUCACAAGCACACCACUCGCGAGGAUUGGAUACCCUAUGUUCGGGACAACGCAACAACUUGUUACCAUGCUGCGGGAACCUGUGCCAUGGGCAACGCAUCUGACCGCAAUGCGGUUGUCGAUCCGACACUCACAGUGAUGGGUGUCUGUUGGGCCCCCAAUUGGCCCCUGCGCAGUCGGCUGUAUGCCGCGGUCGAAUUGGACUUCCAAUCCGACAGUGUCAAAGGCCUUCGAGUUGCUGACUGCAGCAUUAUGCCCGUUCUCAAUGGCGGUCAUACCCAGAUGCCUGCGUAUGGAAUCGGAGAAAAGGCGGCUGACCUUAUCAAGGCGUCAUGGAAGCUUUGA